GUCUUUUUGUUACUGAGAAAUUUAUGACCUGACUCUGGUGUUUCAAACUGCCUGCUGCUGGCCAGAACACAAAAUCCGUUAUCAAUCUCUGGGGCAUUUCGCACCAUUACCCUAUCUCCUAAUUGAAGUUCCCUCCGUUUGAUCACGUUGAUGAGACCCUGCACGCCCUGGAGACUGAUCCCUUGACUGGAGAGUUUGAAACUUGGGGGAACAGGAUUAGGAAUUCGCCAUGGCAAAUUCAGGGUUUCAGCUGCUUGGCUAUUUCUUGGCGCUGGGAGGAUGGGUCGGGAUUAUUUCUACCACGGCGCUGCCCCAAUGGAAACAGUCUUCGUAUGCCGGGGAUGCGAUUAUCACCGCCGUGGGGCUGUACGAGGGUCUGUGGAUGUCCUGCGCCUCACAAAGCACCGGACAAGUUCAAUGCAAAGUGUAUGACUCAUUGUUGCUACUGGACGCCCACAUCCAGGCAUCCCGGGCCCUGAUGAUUGUUUCAGUUGUCCUUGGCUUUAUUGGCAUCAUUGUUAGUGUCGUGGGAAUGAAGUGCACAAAAGUAGGAGACAAUAACCCACUCACCAAAAGCAGAGUUGCAGUCUCAGGAGGGGUGCUUUUUCUCAUGGCUGGACUCUGCACCCUGGUGGCGGUAUCCUGGUAUGCAACUAAAGUUUCAAACGAAUUCUUUGACCCUUUAACGCCGGUCAAUGCCAGGUAUGAGUUUGGUUCAGCCCUGUUUGUAGGGUGGGCAGCUGCAAGCCUCACUAUUCUGGGAGGAUCUUUCCUCUGCUGUUCCUGUUCAAACGAAGAAAGGAGGGGCCAAUCAUACUACAGAUCGUCUCAGCCAUCCACUGUCAAAGAGUCACAUUUUAAGAAAACAACAUCUGUGAAGGGGGAGCAGUAUUUGUAGCAAGGCAGUGCACUGAGAUUCUGUAACGUCACAAAUGUCUGAGUCCUUCACAUGAGCCAUCUUUUUGUAAAAAACAAAUAAUUGUAAAGCUCUGUUUCUUUUCUGAGAACCUACUUAGACUCUAGAGCAAUGUGCAGGAUAUUAUGCAGCCCAGACCCAUUCCAUCUCCACGGUUGUUUAUUUUGGGGUCUGGUAUUAGAACUCAAUUGUACAUUCAUUCCCUGAUUAUAUAAGAUUGUAUUUUCGUGUGUACUGAAUGUCGCUAAUUCAGCUGUUGUACUGGAUGCUGAAAAAUGUUUUCUUUUAAUAAAGGCAAAUUA